AUGGCAAUUCUUUUAACCUAGACACUUCCAUUGUACAAUAAUUUCUCUAUCUAGGGAAUUAAUCAUAAUAUACCCUACUUUCAAAAAGCAAAAAACCUUAUAUUUAAUAGUUAAAACGCUAAACAAGAAGUAAAUGAUUAAAAUUUACAAUGCAAUAUUUAUCUGUUUUUGUCAAUUGUUCAUGGAAUAAAACGAUUAAAUAAACUAUUUAUUCAAACAUGUUCUAAUAGAGAUCAGUUUCUUUAUUUAUUCGACACUCAGCAAUAUUCUAUCUUACUUUAUAAAGUUCUCUAAAUUGUGAAUCAAUAUUUCAAUGAUGAUGAUUAAAAAAUUUAAUAUGAGAAAUAAGGAAUCAAUAAAUCGUGGCACUCGUCUGAACAGAAUUUAUAAUAAAUAUAAUCUUUUUAAGCAUCUGCCCAAAACGAAAAGUUUUAAUAAAAGAUUAAAAAAAUUAUUUCGAGUGAUUUAGAUCCGUUAAAAUCAUUGAUUCAUAAAGUUUAGAAUUAAAAUAGAUCAUAUUAAAAUUCAUAAGCUAAAAUAAAUAAUACACCCCAAGUGUCAUUUCAUUAAAAUGAUUAGUAAAUGAAAUAAAGUUUGUUAAAAGAUUAAUUAAAAGAAAAAAUAGCAAAAUUGACUAUGUAAAAUACAUAUCAUUGUAAAGAAAAAAUGAUAAAUUCCAGUUAGGAUUUAAUUUAAUAUACACAAAAUUAUAUAGCAAUGAAUGAGUCUAUAAAUGAGAAAUAGAUAGAGAAAGAGAAUGUGUAAAAACAAAAUAAAAUAAAUUUUGGAUAACAGAUGUUAUUUAAUAAUCUUGUUCAACAAGAAGAUUAAAUAGCAGUGUAACAAAAUAAACAAUUAAAAACAAUUCAAGAAUCUAUUCCAAUAUUUGUUUAGAAUCAAAAAAGUGAUUUUGGUGUUUAAACAUCAGAAUAUUAAAAUGAUGUAUAAAUAGUUCAACAAAAAAGAGAAGAGUAAAACAUAGAGUAAAAUCAAGACCAUAAUAAUUAAAAUAAUUAUCGCACUAAUAGUAAUGAUUAAAGUGAGAAGAAACAGGAAAUUUCAGUAAAUAGGGUAAGAUAUUGCCAGGAAUGCAAAAAUAAAAAUAAAUAUAAUAAUGCUGCUUCAAGUGUUUCUCCAUAAAAAAGUGAUAGACAUAGUCGUGAAAUAUUUUCAAUUGAUUAUGUAUAACACAAAAGAAAAUUAGGUAGUAAUUGCACGAAUAGAAAUUUUAACAUUUUAACGAAUGCAUAAUUAGAAUGA